AUUGCUUUCAUUUUGUACCUUUUCACUUUUUAUUUUCUUCACCCUUGUUUUCCUCCCAGAAUCCUUUAGCUGCACACAAAAGAAAUAGAUUGGCUUCCAAUACAGUCUAUUUUUUUAAAAAAAUUACAUUUUCACAGGGAAAAGACAAUGGCUGAGCUGUAGUGCUGUCACAGGGUGGAUGAACUGCAGCUCACGCUGUGGCUCUGCUGGAACCAUUUCAUCUCACUCAGUGAAACUCAUUGAGCAGCUCAUGGCUUUGGUAUCUUAAGGGCUGAUGCAGUGGGGAGCCCAUUCUGCUCUCCUGCUCAGGCAGGAUGUCCCUUUAAGGCAAUAAAAGAGUUUUUAAACAAAUUAGAGAUUUUUUCAAGUUAAAUCUCAUACGUCUGGGACUGAUGGCAGGAGGUUCUUCUUUCCCUCAACCUCUAAGAACGUUGAUACUUGCUCUUUGUGUACUCAUUGUUACUGUGUCACCCUGUGGAAAAUAAAAUGUGUGGCCCUGGAAGUAUCAGGGAGACUCCAUGUGGUUCCCAAAGAGGUGGGAGUUGUUGGUUUUGGCUUUUCCUUUAGCCUCAAUAAGACCAGUUGUUUCAGUCAAGCAUUAGGUGAGCCAAGGCUGCUGCCAUCCCAGAGCAGCACCAGGUGGUUUAGAUGUGUCCUCCAUGUACAAAUCAAAUAUCUUGGGUCUGGUGGUGUUGAAAUAAGUACAAAGAACCCCCAGCUUUGAAUUUCAUGCCUGAUAUUCCACCAGAUGCUGGUUCCCUGUAUUGUUACACUUGAGCAGCAGCAGACCUGCCCUGUGCCCAGUAUCCUGCUGGCACGUUGGGUACUGCUGUCUGCUCCAUCUUGAGUGAUUCCAUCAUCCUGGCAGAGGUCCUUGUGCUUGGAGCAGCUCUGACACAGGAUUCCUUUGGCCUGUGUAACUUUCUGUAUUUGGCAAACUGCUUUAAACUGGGUUCUUGUGGGGAGGGGGCUUUCAGGGCAUUGUCUCAGCUGCAGGCCCUUUGAAAGGCUGGGAAAUUCUGUAAAUAUAUGGGAAAAAGUGGCAAAGUUGUGUUCACAGGACAGUUUCACCAAAAACCCUGCUGGUUUGGGGUUUUUUGGUGUUUUUUGGGGUUUUUUUGAGUUUUUUUUCAUCUGUGGGUUUUUUUCCUUGCAUUACAGCAGUUUGGAGAGUAGGUAAAAAUCAGCCCCUUGCCCUCCAUACUCUGGUGUCUGGGCUCCUUUCCUGUUGCCUGCAAUUCUGUUUCAUUGAUCUUGUGCUGUUAUUAGGAGCAAAAGCCUGAACCAGACUCCGGGUCCCUGGCAUGCUGGCCUCCUGGAUCAGCUGGGUGACACCUGCCAGGGUGCCAGCCCCCAAAGGAGUUGUGUCUCAUUCAUCUGGGACCUGGCUCCCUGCUUUUUCUUUUCCCUCCUGCACUCAAGCUGUAGCUGAACCCUGACACCAAACCCUGUGCAUCUCCUGGGGCAGUGACAUUGGGAUCACCACCUUCUGAGAUGUGACAAAUCUUUUAUUCAGUGGUGUCAGGAACCUUUAUGAGCUGUGCCCGUGCCCCUCCCGAGGUGCUUGCAGGACAGAUUUAGUCCCUUCAGCUCCUGCUGGCCUGUCCCCAUGGGCUUGGCUGCUGACCCUGUAUCAGCCCAUGUGCUGUGAGCAGGAGCUACGUGAGGGAGGGUGACUCAUGUGCUGAGCUCGUCUGGGCAGACCUCAUCUCCCAUGAAUCUCGGCCCUCCGGAGCCGGGGGAGCCCAGCCAAGUGUCCUCUUCCAAAAGGCACCGGCAAGGGAGUGGUGGGAUUAGGCAGAGGAGGCAGAAAAAGCCUGCAGAGGAAUGCUGCUGUGGGAGGGGAAGGAGCUGUGGCAGGACGUGCUGGGGGCCCUGUAGAUGAUCCCCCUCCCCAGUACAAGAGCCUUGUAGGGGCCAGACAUCUGGCCAAACUCCCCUCUCAGAGGAGAGCUCUGGUUCUCCUAGGCAGUUCAGGCUGGUGCCCUCCAAAAGGUGUUCACUAUUCCUGAUGGGUGUUGGACUUGCUCCCAAGGCAGGUUGAACAGUUUCUCUCCUGAUUUUCUGCACAAGGUAAUAGGACGGGCAAAGUUGGUCUAGUGAAAGUGGAUUUUAUUCCCUGUCUGUUUUCAUGGGAAAAGCCCAUCUAGAAUCUGCAGAAAUAAUCAGGCAGCCCCAAAACUCCAAAUAAAUUGCUCAGUUUUGCAGCUUCAGUCUGAAUUGCUUGCUCUGAGAUGCUAGUCCUGUUCUGCCCCUUGAGCUGCCCUUACUGACAGUGUGACCCUGUGGCUCCUGGGCUGGUUCUGUUGUGACCUUCUGCUGAGCCAUUAAUGCAGCUCGGGGAGGCUCUGGAGGGUGUUUCAGAGGGAGGUGGGAGCUCGUUCUGCUGGUCCUCUGAGUUUGCUGUGAGUGACACCAUGCAGAGAUGAAACGUGCAUGGAGCAGGAGCCUGAGCGACUGCACAGCUCCAGGGUGGAGCAGCAGGGCCACAGCUCUGUGUGAGUGUGUGUCCCUUUCUGUUGGGGGUGCAGGGUGUGUGGGGCAGUGUGUCCUGUUCUGCCAGGGGCACAUCAGCCACCAGCAUUCGGUGCUGUCACAACAAUGCAGCCUCGCUGGGCAGAGCUGGGCUGCUGGAUCCUGAAACUGGGGCUGUGCUGGGGCCAAGCUCUCUGCUGAUUGUCUCUGGUACCCAGAGCCACAGCUGGGGCUGGCAGAAUCCACUGGUGACCUGAGCAGUUAGUGGUUAGUACUUCAAUACUGUGACUGAAAUUUCAUUUUCUGCGUUGUGAGGCUGUGAGAUGGCAACAGAAUUGGGCAGCUCAUCACCAGCCUUGCUGGGACUGGUGGAGCCAUGUGGAAGGAGCCAGGAAUUACCUCCUGCCCAAGUCCCACCCACAGUGCUCAGCAGUGUUGGCUGCUGUCCUGGCCAGGUGGAGAUGUCUGCCCAGAGAUGGGCACACUGCUCAUCCCAAGUGUGUUAGGGCUGGCUUUGACCCCUCUGCUUUCUCUUCCUCUUGUCCCCAAGCUCCCCUCUCCUCUUCAGCACAAUGGCCUGCCAAGAGAGUGAGUACCUGGAUGACCAGAAGAAAUGUGUCCCCUGCAGAAAGUGCAUGCCUGGGCAGGAGCUUUCCAAGGACUGCGGCGACGGCAGCGGCGGGGACGCGCAGUGCGUGGCCUGCCCUCCCAGGAAGUUCAAGGACCGCUGGGGACACCACGGCUGCAAGCCCUGCCUGUCCUGCGCCCUCAUCAACCGCCUCCAGAAAUCCAACUGCACGGCCACGGCCGACGCCGUCUGCGGGGAGUGCCUGCCGGGGUUCUACCGGAAGGCGCGGAUCAGCGGGCAGCUGGAGUGGGAGUGCAUUCCCUGCACCAAGCAGACGCCGUCCUCCGAGCCACAGUGUCGCUCCAGAACAAACCUGGUGAAGGUCGCUGUCCCUACUGUACCACCACAGGACACAGCCCUUCUUGCACUGACCAGCAGUGCCCUGGUCAUCAUCGUCCUGGUGCUUCUGGCACUUUCCAUCAUCUACUGCAAGCGGUUCUGGAAAAGCCAGUGCCAGAGAGUCUUCCUGAGGACUCAGAACUUCUCGGGCCAGCGAGCAACGUUCCCAACUGCAGCAGCACCUGGCAGGUUCCUGUGUGAGGAGCAGAUGUCUGGACCCUGCUGCCUGGGCGUGAAGAAUUUGAGCCCUUGCUACAGGCAGGCAGAAGGCCCCGUGGAAGCAGUGCAGUUCAUUUCCGACGGGGAAGCCGUGGGCCUGCAGCUCCCCUCUCUCCAGCCAGAGAUGGACCUGCCACCAGCCAUCGCAGCCAGCACUGCCUCCAAGGCCCAGCUGGGCAGGAGCCUGCUGGAAAGCCAGCCCCUGAUCCGGGCCUCAGGCCACGGGGACGGCCUGGACGGGGUCCUGCCGCCCCCCACGCCCAGGCAGGGCCGGCCGGGCACCGUGGAGGCCCUGGCCCCCCUCUCCUCCUGUGCCUCCGAGAUGCAGCACAAGUGGCCACAUGCACCCGUGGAGUGCACUGAGCUGGACCUCCAAAAGUUCUCCAGCCAGGCGGAGUUCGUGGGUGGUGAGCGGCUGGAGGACGCAGCAGGCCGGGCUGUGAAGAGGAUUCCAGCAGAGAGCAGUGCCGGGGUGCAGGAGAGGGCUCAUCACCUGCCCACAGCUGAAAUCCCACCUGGGGAGCAGCCGGUGGACGAUGCCCAGAGCCUGGUGACUCAGAUCAGCAGCACGGCCAAUGGUCUCCCAAUAGCAGAGCUGCCCCCUUCCUUGGUGCAGUCUCUCGCCUUCUUGUUGGACCCUUCCUUGAACGGCGUGAAGAACUUCAGCCACGUGGCGCUGGAGCUGGGGCUGAUGCCGCAGCUGCUGGGGCGGAUCUCGGGCUUCGAGCAGCUGGUGGCACACCUCACCUGCGCGCGGGCCGCCGUCACCGUCCCGCUGCUGGCGCAGGCGCUGCAGCGGCUCCAGCGCUUCGACGCCUUGCUCCUGCUCUGCGACCACUUCACGCUCAGCCCCGCGCCCGACCGCCAGCGCUAGGGCACGGGGAGGGAGCUCCGUGCACUGCUGCUCCUGUGGGACAGGAUCCGGUGGCCUGCAGUCGCAUAACCUCCCUGGUGUGCGUGGCGGGAGAACACGGAGGUGGUCUUUGCGUCGUGGAAUGGACGUGACAGGGGUGUCUCUGCACAGGGGUUCAGGAAGCACAGCUGUGCCUUUGCCCUGCUCCGUGGGCAGGGCUCGCUCAGGCCCUGCAGAGGCUGUUUUUUCUCUAGCUGUGACACCCUUCCCUGUCGGUUGCUGUGCUGCCCAUACUGUGGUGCUCUGGCUCUGCAGUGAGCCCUGUCCUGCCCCACUGUUGCCAGGGGGUUCCUCAGCCAUGGGGCUCAGUGUCCAUGGGCAGUGCCCUCCUGUGAGCCCAGCCAUCUCCUGCCUUCCAUUCCAGCUUUCCCAUCCUUCCUCUGGCCCAUGCUCUGCUCUCCCAGGUGCCAGUUGCCACUUUCUCAGUUUACUUUUCAGUUGCUUCUUUCCCUCUGCUGUGAUUUCCUUGGCAGAGGAUGUGGCCAUGGCUGAUGUGCCAGGUUCCAGCCUUUGUCCCUCUGUGCCACCGUGGCACCUUCCUCUCGUGUCCAUUUGUGGUGCAGUGUGGCAUCCUGGCCGAGUUUCAGACUGGCUCUCGGGAUGAGCUGACUUAAGCCCUCAUUGGGCUGUGGCUGUUGGCCAUGGGCAGGUGCUGGCUCACCCCAGCCCCAUGGCUGUACACUGCCCAUCGUCUCCAGUGCUUCACAAACUGCCUGUGGUGGCACAGAGUGUCAGGGGCAGGGACACUGCACUGCAGUGGCCACUGAGGGCUGGAGCUGUGGCUGUGGGCACAGGCAGCAGUGACAUUCCUGUGCCAGCCACAGCAGGAGCUCCUCCAGAAGCUCCUCCUCUUUUAAAAUAAUAUUUUUCUUUUUUUUUUCCUGCCUAAAAAUGGCCUGAUUUCUCAUUCCUGGGAGUUGCUACUGGGAAGGGGGGAGCACCCUUCUGCUUGGUAUUUCAUCCUGGGGGAUUUGUCAUGACUUGCCACAGUCUUGCUGUCACCAGUCGCCCUGAUUUCAGUGCUGUGCCUGAGCCUGGGGCUGCAGGCAGCUGGGCUGUUCUCGGUGUGCCCUGGCCGGCGGGGCUGUGCUGGUGGCCCUGGAUGGGAGCAGGGGCUGCAGAGCACGUUCCUGAGCAGAGCACAGGAGUUCCUGAGCGGGGCACAGCGGCGCGGGGGCGGCCAGGCACGCGGGGGUCACGGGCAGAGCAGCUGCCGGCGGGGCUCCCGGAGCUGGCAGAGCCUGCUGCUCUUCACACCAGGCUGGGGGCUCAGUCCCUCUGUGGGCCAUUCACUCAAGAGUUACACUCUGUGAUCUCUGUGGUCCCUUCCAGCUCAGGCUGUGAUCAGUGUCACCCCAGCUGUCCCGAGACUCGCAGACAGCAUCGCUGGGGCUGAGCUGGUGGCGCUUGUUUGUCCCUCGCUGCCCUGGCUGGCUCUGCCGAGUGCUCUCUGCUGUCCUGCCUGUCACCGGGGUCUCAGCACAAGCCGGUGGUGUGGUGGUCACCAGCAAGUGGCACUGUUCCCCCACUGCCUGCUGCCCCCUGCCAGGCCCCUCGGCUGAGCCCACUGAAUUCUCCUUUAUCUGACCACGGUACCUCAAAGAAGCAGAUGCCUUCUAGAAGGCAGACUUCCCCCACAGCCUGGGAGUGAUAGCUGCUGGUGUUUUCUUUCCCUGUUUAAAGAAGUUGGGGCUUGAACACACCCCGGAUGUGCUCAGAUAAACAAAGGCAUGGGCAGUUUGAGCUGGACCUGGCACUUUCCCUCACUGCUUGUUUCUUCCAUAUUCAAGGUUAUUUUAUUGCUCUUUGCUCCCCAAGACCUACAGCAUUGAACUUUGAGCCAUGUGGGGCCAGGAUUAGUCAGACUCUUGCUGCACUCUUGGACUGUUAGGGAGUGUUGCUAUAGCACACACAGCCUGGGGCCAGGGAUUUCCUGUUUGAGGCUUUUCUGUGGCAGGGAGAGUGCUGGGUUUAAUCACCUCACAAAAUCCAAUAAAUAUUUAAUCCCUCUGUGGACAUAGUCACUUCCAGCGGGAAGGAAAAUAACUUCACCCACCGCCUCUGAGUAAGAGCCUCCCUGCAGCUCAGCUUGCUGGCCCUGCCUUUGAAGUUGGAACUGGACUGGGCAGCUUGUCCUGUGUGUUCUUGUGUCACCAGUGUGUGGUCACCUGGAGUGCACAGAGCAGUGGCAGCCAGGCAGGAUGGCAGAGCCAGCUGCUCGUGUCACAUGGCAGUGUCAGGAGCAGGAGAAGGGCUGUUAAAUCAGAGCUGUGGAUGAUGGGGACAUGCCACAUGUGUGUGCUGCAAAUCUCUUCACAUGCUGGGCAGCUCCAUCGGUGUGCUGUGCUGUGCUGGGCCAAGCAAAUGAAAUGAGGCUUUGGUUCAUUUGUUUAGGGGUUUUUCUCACUUUUAUAAAGAAGUCCACCUCAUUUUCUUCAUAGUUUUUAAUGUAAACUUAUUUUUCAAUUGUUUGAUGUCUGAGCAAUAUUACUUACACUCAAAGCUCACCCCCUGCCUUGAGGGUGCAGCCCGGUGGGGUGUGGGUAUGGGCCAUGCCAUACAGGCUGUGUAGGGUGGUGUGUGCCCUGCCACAGCUCCUGCCCCACUGGUGCUGCCCCUCGGGCCCUGGCUGUGCCACAGGGUGUGCUGCCUCAGCACUGGCUGGCAGGGACUGGUUUUAUGUGUGUUUGAGCUGUUCUGGGUUCCCCUUGGAGCCUCACACGUGGUGUCAGUGCCAGUCACACUGGCUGGUGCCCCAGCAGGGCUGGGCACUGCACAGGAGCAUUGCUGGACGUGGCUUUUCAGCAGUGAGGCUCCCCCAGCUCCCAGCCAAAGGCUGCUCCCCACUCUCACUGUGCUCAGGGCAGGCUCCUUCCUUCAGCUGAGCUGACAAAACCACCUGUGUUUACAAGGGCCAAAAGUCCAACAGGUAGCCUUUAGCCCACCCUAAGACCCCUUGGCCAGGCUGCCUUGAGCCCAGCCAGAGCCCUCAGGGAACCAUGAGAGCCUUGAAAACAGGGAUAAUGCUGUGCCUCAGGCAUCAGAACAACAGUGAUCCCUGAGCAGGGAACUGCUUCACCGGGGAACCAAUGGACUUGAUACUUGACUUUUGCUUUUUAAUAGUAUUUUCAACAUAUUACAUAGAAUGUAAGGUAGGGAAAUUCCUGUAGUGCUGGAUCUCACGUCACAGCCUCAGGAAGCCAUUGUGCCAAGCUGGCAUGGCUCACAGAGAGAUUAAAGAAAUCAAAUAACUCUGAAAUCUGUGCAAACUUGAGCUAGGACUGAACAGUGGAAACACUCCAGUGCAAUGGGGUUAUUUUUUUACAAGUGAUUGGUUUCCACACCAGUCUUGCCUGGAAGUCUGAUUUGCAGAGGAAUUUGUAUGAUAAGUUUAAAUCUAGCCCUGUUCUGGGAAGCUCUUAAGCAUAGACUUAAAAUAGGCACAUACUUCACUGUUGUUAAAGUGUUUAUUCUGGUGAACAAUUGGUGAACAUCCCUCGGGUGCUGUUCCUGAACAGGGGGCUCAUGAGAGCUGUCCUUCCAAUGUGCUUUUACAAAAUAGGCAAUACUGAAGAAGACUUGGUGUUACUGAUCUGGGCACACUUGGAAGAGUCUGCAAGUAUUUAGGGGUAGAUACCCCCUCUGUGUUGGAUUAUUUAAUGCUUCAGACUCUGGUGCUUUUCAAAAAAAACAAAUCACUACAUUUCUGUAGCCAUGGUUUCCCCAAGGGAAUAUGUGUUGUUUUUUGUGGUAGAUGUUAUUUUUCGUUAAGGUUACGAAUAGGUUAUUUAUAUUUUUGUAAAUUCUGUGCCAUUACCGUUGUAAUUCUGCUGUAGCAUUAUUUCUGUUGGGUUUGGGGUGUUGUCUGUGUUCAAAUCAAGCAGAAGCUGAAGCUCCUGCCCCCUGUUAAUGGAAGGGGGUUGGUCCCUCACAUUCCUCCAGACCUGGUGCUCUUGAGUGAUGUGUGUUUGUAGUUCAAUAAAUUUUGGAGCCAGA